CACUAAUGUACCCGCUGCCAUGACCAACGAAGAAGACUGUUACCCAUAGUGCUUUGCGUUGGAACUGGAAACUACGAGCUUAAUGGAUAAAUGAACGUUCUGGAUUUUAUUUACCGUAUUUUAUAUCGUUUUGUGUCCUCUGACCUUCACAAGCCAUGUCUGACGCCCUGAAGAAGCGCAAGUCGAAAGUGCUCCGCAGCGAGACGGGCACACCGGAGGGGAAAUGCGGCCGCGGAGAAGGGGACCAGGACAUACGUGUGUACAGUGAGGAGGUGGAGCUAGAUGGCAGGGACCCUGAAGAGGACUACCAGCAGUAUAAACUGACCUGUGAAGCUCUGGCCAAACUGAUGAACGACAUCCAGGAGCUGAAAGCCAACGGUGCCAAGGAUGGGUGUGUUGAGGUAGAGGAGAAGAGGAUGCAGAGCUGUAUCCACUUUAUGAGCCUGAAGAAACUCAACCGCCUGGCUCACAUGAGACUGAAGAGGGGGAGAGACCAGACACACGAGGGCAAGCAGAGAGUGGAUGUGUUGCACCUGCAGCUCCAGAACCUGCUCUAUGAGGUCAUGCACCUGCAGAAGGAGAUCAGCAAGUGUCUGGAGUUCAAGUCUAAACAUGAGGAGAUAGAUCUGGUGAGUGUAGAUGAGUUCUACCAGGAGCCCCCUGAGAUCUCCCGCACCCCCCUCACCAAGGACGACCCCCACCAACUCACACUGGCCAGGUUGGACUGGGAACUGGAGCAGAGGAAGAGGCUGGCUGAGCAGUACAAGGAGUCUCUGUCCAGUAAGGAGAAGAUCCAGAAAGGCAUUGAGGUGAAGAAGGAACACCUGAGUUCUCUACAACCUGGACUCAACGCUAUCAUGCAGGCAUCCCUCCCGGUUCAGGAGUACCUGUCAAUGCCGUUUGAACAGACCCAGAGACAGACAGAGAUCGCCCGCCACCUUCCCCCCUCUCUCUACGUCCUCCUGGUACAGGCCAGCGCUUACGGACAGGCCUGCGAUAAGAGCCUGAGUGUGUCCAUCAGUGGAGAUGUGGACGAGGCCAAAGCUCUGUCUAAACCUCCAGAGGACUCUCAGGAUGAUGAUUCUGGUGACUCUGAUGCAGAGGAGGAGCAGGAGAAGACGAAGAGGAGGCGACCUACUACAGGUGGUCAGCUGGAUGAUAAGAGACGUGAGAUGCUGAAGAGACACCCUCUCUCUCUUUGCCUGGACCUCAAAUGCAAAGACGGCAGUGUGCUGCAUCUGUUCAACUACUACCUGAUGAACCUGAACAUCAUGACUGUCAAGGCCAAAGUCUCCACCGCCACAGACCUCACUGGAGCCAUCAGCGCAGGGGAGUUGUUAAAUUCUGACACGCUGCUCAACUGCCUGUAUGCCAAUGACCAGGGCCGCGAGACACCCAACCCCGCUAACCGUUACCAGUUUGAUAAAGUGGGGAUUAGUUCGUUUGGAGACUACGUGGUAGAGUUGGGUCAUCCCUACCUGUGGGUGCAGAGUCUAGGAGGACUGCAGUUCCCAAGUGAUGCCCCAGAGGGUUUGCGUGCAGGCAGUUCUCUUAGUGCCAGUCACAUGGAGAGCACCAUGAAGCUGCUGAGAGGACGAGUCCAGUCACGCCUGGCCCUGCACAAACAGUUCUCCUCACUAGAGCACAGUAUAGUUCCAGUGUCAACGGAGUGCCAGCACCUGUUCCCUGCUAAGGUUCUCUCCCGCCUGGCUCGCUGGACAACCAUGUCACAUCAGGAGUACACAAAUCUGUCGUUCACGCAGCAUGUGUCAGAUGCAGGUCUGGCUCGGGAAACGGACCUGUUCUUCAUGGCUGUGGUGGAGAGAGGAACAGCUCGUCUUCAGGCUGCAGUGGUGUUGAACCCCCGUUAUCCAGAAGUCUCUCCUCUGUUUGCUCUUUCACUCAGCUGGAAGGGCGAAUGCAGCGGACGUACAGAUGACAACCUUAGAGCCAUGGAGAGUGAGGUGAAUGUGUUUAAGACAGAGCUCCAGGGGCCCCGCCCAGGGCACCAGCUGCUGACCAAUCAGGUGGCUCGUCUCUGUGUCUGUCUGGACGUAUACCUGGAGACCGACGGACAGGAUGACAGCGUGGAGGGACCACGGGAGUUUCUCAGAGAGAAGAUGUGUCUACGCACCGUAAGGGGUCCGAACCGUCUGAAGCCGUUCAAGUACAACCACCCCCAGGGCUUCUUCAGUCACCGCUGACCUCCCCCUUAACCCCUAUCCCUUCACCUCUUGUAUCUUACAGCUGAUUUCAUAGCCCACCUCCAGGGUGUCUUCAGUCACCCCUGACCUCCCCUUAACCCCUAUCCCUUCACCUCUUAUAUCUUACAGCUGAUUUCAUAGCCCACCUCAGGGCUUCUUCAGACACCCCUGAACGUUACCUUCUGCCUCGUCCCUGCCUUCAUAUCCCCCUGUUUUUUAAUUAACCAUAGUUUUGUCUGUUUUAGUUUCACACAUUCUGUGUGUUGGUUGGACAAUAAAAAGCUAGUGAUUUUGUUUGAA